CCAUCACAAACAAAAUUUUAAUUUUCACUCCUUUACUACAAUUUUCAUCAUCAUGGCUACUAUUUCACUCAAACAUAACAACCCAAAAGUAAACAACAUUCAUCAACAAAAGGGUCACAUCAUAAUUGAAGAAAUUGAAGGACUCAUAAGAGUUCACAAAGAUGGUCAUGUAGAAAGACCACAAAUUGUUCCCAAUGUCUCAUGCAAAGUUCCAUCCGAAAAUGGUGUAACUUCAAGAGAUGUUACAAUCAAUAGAGACACAAAUCUAUUUGCACGUGUUUAUGUUCCAUCAUCAAUAUUAUUAUUAACCUCUCAUAAUAAUAAUAAUAAUAAUAAUAAGCUUCCUUUGCUUGUUUAUUUCCAUGGUGGUGGAUUUUGUGUUGGUUCUACUUCUUGGAUUUGUUACCAUGAGUUCUUAAACAACCUUGCUAUCAAAGCAAAUUGUGUCAUUCUCUCGGUUGAUUAUCGUUUAGCUCCUGAAAAUCGUCUUCCUUUGGCUUAUGAUGAUGGUUUCAACGCUCUCAUGUGGAUCAAACACGAAGCUUUAAAUGGUACAUUAUACAAUGGAGGGAGCAAUAAGCAAAAUUGGUGGUUAAGUCAUUGCAACAUGAAGCUUUUUCUAAGUGGUGAUAGUGCUGGUGCUAAUAUAGCUUAUAAUGUAGCAACACGUUUAGCAUCAUCAAACAUUAAUUCAUCAUGUUUGAAUCCAUUUUGUCUAAAAGGUGUUAUUUUGAUUCAACCCUUUUUUGGAGGAGAAGAAAGGACUUUUUCAGAGAAGCACUUUCAACAACCACAAAAUUCAGCACUUACUUUAUCAAUUUCUGAUACUUAUUGGCGUUUAUCACUUCCUCUUGAAGCUACAAUUACACGUGAUCAUCCUUAUUGUAACCCUCUUGCAAAUGGAAUUGUUAAUAAGUUGAGAGAUUUGAAGCUUCCAUCUAUAAUGGUUUGUGUUUCAGAAUUGGAUAUACUAAAAGAUAGAAACUUGGAAUUCUCAAAUGCUUUGGUAAAAGCAGGGAAAAAAGUUGAAACUUUUGUGUAUAAAGGUGUUGGACAUGCAUUUCAAGUGUUGAAUAAUUAUCAACUUUCUCAUUAUAGGACACAAGAAAUGAUGUCUCAUAUCAAGAACUUCAUGAACUAGAAUUUUUUUUUUUUUUUACUUGUGCAUUGUUCAGAGUAAUGAUAUCGAUUUAGUGAUUAUUUUAUGAAAGUGUAAUGUGAACGGACUAA